AAACAGUUGGCUGCGAAGUCUCCACGCUGUCUGUCCCGGAAGUUUAUGAAAAUCAGAAUGACGACGAGCGAACAAUUGGUGAUGUUCAGAAAGGCAAUUGGGCAAUUGAUUUUCCGCAUACUGUCAGAUUAACGAAAAACAAUUUCCCCUGUACUCAGAAUGAGUGAUCUCGAUUUGAACGAGCAUCAUGAAGAAAUCAUAAUAAAUUACAUGAGAUUUGCGAGAUAUCAGCGUUCCCAGAAUUUAAAAGCGGUCGAAUAUUGUUUCAAAGAUGUAAAGGAUUCCAGGCUUUUAGAAGAUACUUAUACUAGUGAAGAAGUAAAUGAUAUUUUGAAUGGUCUGUGCAAAGUUGUCCAAACCGACAUUGAAACAGACUUGAUCAAUACAUGCCAUAGUAAUGUACUUUUGCUUAAACAAUUGUUUAAACAAGCAGAAAAAUGGCAUCUUCGUCUUCAGGCAGAUCUCUCUCAAUUGGAAAACAAGGAAAUGCUUGAAAGUAUUAAAACCCUUGAACGUCAUGAAAUACUGGGUAUUUUUCCUGAUAAAACUCCACAAUCACCUACUAAAGUCAGGCUGCAGCCUUUGAGUGAUGUUCAUGGAUCAAUGCCUCUUUUAAAUUUGGAAAUAGAACGUCUGAAAAGUGAAAAUGAGAAAUUAAAAACUUCCUUGACAGUUGCAGAAGAUAAGAUGGUGAGCUCCCAGGAACAAAUGGAUCAACUUAAAAACAAUUUGACUAGAGCUUUAAACCAAAUCGGAGAUCUACAGAAGCAAGUGAAAGAUUGUCCCCAACCUUCCCAAUUAAAUGAGAUGCAGAGUGAAUUAGCUGAAACAAAACAUCGGUUAGAUAUUGAUAAACAAGAGGCUCUUGCUGAACAUGAGCAGUUGCAGCUUGAGUUGGAGAAUGCCAAGCAGCUUGUGAAAGAAGCACAGUCCCAGCUACAAUUAGCUGAACAGGAAUUGGAAAGAAAGUUCAGUGAAACUGCUGUCUAUACGAACAUGAAAAAAAUGUUAGCAAAAAAGAAUGAGCAGAUAAAAACCCUUCGUUCACAAUUACAUGAAUUUCAAAUUGGUGACAAAGAGAAGAUAGAUGAUUAAAAUACCUGCACAGUAUGUGUAGUUGAUGAUUGUACACGCACAUUCAUAUUCCGUCCUAAGGCACUGACAAGAUAUCUUGCACUGUGAUAUUUUUUAUAAUUUGAGUUUUUCUUCUUUUUAAGUAACUUAUUCUAGUCAAUUAGAAGAGGCACCACAAUGAUGUUUAUACUUUCACGUGGGAAUUGACCUCAUCAGGAAGACUACUUAUCAAAAGAGAACACAGAAAUUAUUAAAAUGUACUUGUAUACGAUGUAAAGAGUGUAGCAUCCCUCUUAAAAUCAGGUUGUUCAUAGCAUUGAUAAAAAAGAGAAUUUGUAAAUGUGAAGAAGGUGAAUGUCACGAUAUCAUCCAUGUCAUUAAAUUGCAUUAUGUAUUAAAUGCCAUCAUUGCUGAAAACUUUUGGAUGAUGUGUAUGUGUCCUUGAAAGAGAACAUUUUACUAAUAGUGUGUUCUAUUCUAUUUCUAAUUUUUCUAGUCUUUAUUUUAUCUGAAUUAUGUUUUUAAUUUCUUUUUGUGAAUUAUUUACUAUUUAUAUAUGACUUAAUUUCAUAAUAAAGUUUAAAAAAGAACCCAAUGUGUGUCUUCAUUAUCCAAUUGCAAUGAUUGUAGGAACAUCCAAACAAGGUUUGAGCUUUUACUUGAAAAGAACCUAUUUCU